AUGUCCACUCUUCAACUCAACCUCCUCCUCCUCAGCUUUGUCUUCUUCCAUAUUCUUCACUUGGCCACCGUCAAUGGUGUUGCAAUUCCAACUCAAGGAAAGGGACAAUGGCAACUCCUACAACCAAACAUUGGCAUUGUAGCCAUGCACAUGCAGCUUCUUCACAACGACCGUGUCGUCAUCUUAGACCGCACGGACUUCGGUUUCUCCAACAUAUCCUUACCCAACGGCACGUGCCGCCAUGACCCAACAGAGAGGGCUGUCAAAACAGACUGCACAGCUCACUCAGUCGAAUACGACAUCGCAACCAACACCAUCCGCCCACUCUUCGUCCAAACCGACGUCUGGUGCUCCUCCGGCUCGGUUGACUCCUUCGGAAGACUUGUCCAGACGGGCGGCGACAGCGACGGCGAACGCGUUGUAAGGACAUUCCACCCUUGCCCUACCUGCAACUGGAACGAACUCCCUAACAGACUUCUGGUGAGAAGAUGGUACGCCACCAACCACGUCCUGCCAGGUGGACGCCAGAUCAUCAUCGGAGGAAGAGCUCAGUUCAACUACGAGUUCUUCCCAAAGAAAACCUCCGCUGAUUUUAGCACUCACUUCUUGCCUUUUCUGAAGGACACAGCUGACAAAUUCCGCGGAGAAGAGAACAACCUCUACCCUUUCGUCUUCCUCAACGUAGACGGCAACCUCUUCAUCUUCGCCAACAACCGCGCCAUCUUGUUCAACUACAGAAAUAACACCGUAAUCAGAACCUACCCUACCAUUUCUGGCGGGGACCCUAGGUGUUACCCUAGCACAGGCUCCGCAGUGUUGCUUCCCCUCAAGAAUCUAGAAGCAGAGUCCUUGGAAGCUGAGGUUCUGAUCUGCGGUGGUGCCACCAGGGCAGCUUUCUUCCGAGCCGGUCAAGGCACGUUUCUCACUGCCUUGAACACAUGCGCUCGGAUGAAAAUCACAGAUCAGGACCCAGAAUGGGUAAUGGAGACCAUGCCAGGAGGCAGAGUCAUGAACGACAUGAUCACGCUCCCAAACGGCGACGUUUUGAUCAUAAACGGAGCAUCUGAAGGCUCAGCCGGUUUUGAGUACGCAGUGAACCCGGUUUUCGCGCCUUUCCUUUACAAACCGAAUGAACCAGUCGGAAACCGGUUUGAGGAGUUGAAUCCCUCCCAGAUUGCUAGAAUGUAUCACUCCACCGCCAUCUUGGUCCGUGACGGUAGGAUUCUUGUUGGUGGAAGCAACCCGCACGGCAAUUACGUGUUCAAAGGAGUGAUGUUUCCUACGGAGUUGAGAUUUGAAUCGUUUUCGCCACCGUAUUUGGAUGCUCAGUUAUCGCAUCUGAGACCAUCCAUUGUUAGUCCUAAUAAUCAGAGUUACAGUAAUCUCACUUAUAACCAGAGCUUUAAGAUGCGAAUCAGCUUUACAGAUGGAACGGUUGCUCCAGAUUUGGUAUUCGUGACAAUGUACGCGCCGCCAUUUAACACUCACUCGUUCAGCAUGAAUCAGAGGUUGUUGGAGCUAAACAAUGGAGAAUUGAGACACUCCGAUAAUUUGACUUUUGAAUUUGAUGUGAGAAUUCCACGUUCUCCCUUUCUUGCACCACCGGGGUUUUAUAUUCUUUACGCUGUUCAUCAAGGAAUUCCAAGUGAGGGCAUCUGGAUCAGAUUAAUUAGAGAAGAGAAUGAAAUUUCAACCCAAUUAUUAAAUUAA